AUGGCUGCCAAGAAUUCCUCCUCUGUGACAGAAUUUAUCCUUGUAGGAUUAACCAAACAGCCGGGACUCCAGAUCCCCUUCUUCUUCCUGUUCCUAGGUUUCUACGUGGUCACUGUGUUGGGAAACCUGAGCUUGAUAACCCUGAUAGGGCUGAACUCUCAUUUGCAUAUUCCCAUGUACUUUUUCCUCUUCAACCUGUCCUUCAUAGAUUUUAGUUUCUCUACUGCUAUCAUUCCCAAAAUGCUGUUGAGUUUCAUCUUAAAGAAGAAUAUAAUUUCCUUCACAGGGUGUAUGACUCAGCUCUUUUUCUUCUGUUUUUUUGUCUUUUCUGAGUCCUUCAUCUUGUCAGCGAUGGCAUAUGACCGCUAUGUGGCUAUCGGUAAACCACUGCUGUACACCAUCAUCAUGUCUCCCCAGGUGUGUUUGCUCCUUUUGUUAGGUGUCUAUGGAAUGGGGAUUUUGGGGGCUGUGGCCCAUACAGGAAAUAUAGUGUUUCUAACUUUUUGCUCGGACAACCUUGUCAAUCACUAUAUGUGUGACAUCAUUCCCCUUCUUGAACUCUCCUGUGAUAGUUCUUACAUAAAUGUUCUGGUGGUCUUUAUUGUUGUGACCAUUGGUAUUGGGGUGCCCAUUGUUGCUAUUUUUAUUUCUUAUGGAUUUAUUCUUUCCAGCAUUCUCCAUAUUAGUUCCACUGAAGGCAGAUCGAAAGCCUUUAGUACCUGUAGUUCCCACAUUAUUGCAGUUUCUUUGUUCUUUGGGUCAGGUGCUUUCAUGUACCUCAAACCACCUUCCAUUUUACCCCUAGACCAGGGGAAAAUGUCUUCCCUGUUUUAUACCAUUGUUGUGCCCAUGUUCAACCCAUUAAUCUAUAGCCUGAGGAAUAAGGACAUCAAAAUUGCCAUGAGAAAAACCUUGAGAAAAACUUUCUUUUAA